AUGAUGCUCCCGGGCUGCUCCCCGCCGCCCGCCGCCCGCCACCGCAUCCCACCGACCAACAACGCGCCCAGCAGCAACGCGCUCGGCUUGGACCGCGGCAGCGCGGCGCCCGCCCGCGGCGCAGCUGACGAGUGGUACCAGACGUGGCCGGGCAAGGAGGCGAGGGCGGCGGCCCGGGGGGGCCCGCGGCGCGAGCGGCGCUGGGUCAAGUUCGACGGCAUCGGGCCCGUGGACGAGACAGGGAUGCCCAUCGCCCCGCGCCCGAGCGUGGACCGGCCGCGCGACUGGUACCGCAGCAUGUUCCGGCAGAUGCACCACAAGCUGCCAGAGCUGCCGCUGGACUGGGACACCCCGCGCCGGCCCCCAGCGCCCGCCACCCUCAGCGGGCUGCCCAACGGGGGGGACGUCGUGGGUGUCACUGCCGAGGCCCACAGCGGAUCUGACCACGAGCCGGGCGAGUGCUGGGUGCCAGAGCUCACCGGACAGUGCCCAGAGCGCCCUGGCGCCCCGGCCCCCGCGCGGGCUCAGCCCAUAGAGGUGCUGCUGCAGCAGGAGCUGGAGCAGCUCGGCCGGCAGCUCGACCGGGACAUGGAGGCCAUGGAGAGGCGGCGGCACCGCAGCCAGAGCCCGCCCGGCCGCGGGGACCCCGGCGAGGCCUCCAGGAGGGAGGAGACGGCCAAGGAGGAGGGAGCCCCGCAGCAGCCGGGGGCGGGGGGGCCGCCCGCCCGUCCCCUUCAACCGCCCCCGGGCAUGAGGGCGGCCCGGCUCAAGUUCGACUUCGCGGCGCAGUCGCCCAGGGAGCUGGCGCUGCGCAAGGGCGACGUCGUCUACAUCCACAAGGAGGUGGACGGCAACUGGCUCGCGGGCGAGCACCACGGCCGCGUGGGCAUCUUCCCCGCCAGCUACGUGGAGGUGCUGCCGCCCACCGAGGUGCCGCGGCCCGUGGCGGCGCCGGCCGCACCAGAGCCCGGCGAGGCCCUGGCGCUCUACAGCUUCCGCGCGGAGCUGCCCGUGGAGCUCUCCCUGCGCAAGGGCGAGCGCCUGUGCCUGCUGCGCCGCGUGGACCACAACUGGUACGAGGGCCGCGUGCCGGGCACCGGCCGCCAGGGCAUCUUCCCGGCCACCUACGUGCAGGUGCUGAAGGAGCCGCGGGCCAAGGGCAGCGCCCAGGAGCCUCCGCCAGCGCCCGCCGCCCGGGGCCCCCACCCGGGAUCCCCCCCAGCCCCGGAGCCGCCCGCGGAGCCCCCGGCCUCCCACGACGGCUCCGGGAUCCGGUGGCUGCCGUACCGGGCGCUCUACGGGUACCGGCCCCAGAACGGCGACGAGCUGGAGCUGCGCGAGGGCGACCGCGUGGACGUCAUGCAGCAGUGCGACGACGGCUGGUUUGUGGGUGUGUCCCGGCGGACGCAGAAAUUCGGCACUUUCCCCGGCAAUUACGUGGCGCCCGUGUGAGCGCCGCGCGGCUGCUGGUGCCUCCCACGGCUGCCUGCCCCAUGGGCGCCGGGGCACCGCUUUGCAUGGGGCACCCUCCACCACAGUGCCUUAACCCGACCUGUUCUGGGCCAGCACCGGCUUUGGCCAUGAUGCCGCGGCUGGAGAAGCCCGUGUGGAGCCGG